AACACGAAAGAAAAUUGAUAAUUUUGGCGAAAGCUAAAAUGUCAUUUGUACAAAAUAUAUGACCAUUUAAAAGUACCACAACGAUAGUUUUAUUUUUGAUAUCGAUUGGAAUGUAUUUCAUGGGGUAAAGUUAUUUCACAAUUAUACCCAAUGAUUCUCAACUUAAACGCAAAUAUCCUAUGUUAAUAUCAUAAUAAUUAUCCUUAUUGUUUUCCUAAGUGUCUAAAUAAGUUUGACCUAACGAAUGUAUGUUCACCUUCAAUAUCUGAAGCGUUUGUUCACAGUGUACAAUUAUUCAAUCUCACCGAUAUUCACUACGACGAUUCACGGCAAUCCAGUUAUGCAUUUGGGUAAUCAUCGCUUCAAUAAAUAUCAUCGCAGUAAAGAACCCAGGACAAGAUGGGUGUGCACCAAGAAGAAAUCUGGCUGCAAGAUUGGUAUCAUUACUGACAACGGUGUCAUAAUCAAAGUGACGAACCAACACAAUCAUUAUUGAAC